AUUAAAUUGCCUUUUUUGAAGAAAUCACCGGAAAUUACUUUUGAUGUGUACUUUUUCGGAAUGUGAAAAAUGUCUCCGUGGCCAGUGAGCUUUUGGCGCGCAAGGCACUUCUGGAGGGAAUCGGCACCUCGUCGGUGUUUUGCAAUUUAGAGCUUUUUCUCUGUCUUCGGUGAAAUUUUGUUUGUAUCAUAGUUGUUUGGACAUAUCCCUUAAUACGAAUUCAAAAUUUGUUCGCAAUUCAUCUGCAAAUACCGGUGACCAUUGUUGGGGAAUUUCGGCGGGAUAGAUAUGGCGUAGGUUGUUGUCCCCAUUUUUUGCCAACUGUGUGAUGUGGUUGAGCUGGGUUGAAGCAAGAUUAUGAUUGCAUACAUAAUUAUAAGACUUCAUUGGUCAGAUUUCAGAUAGUGGGAUCAGAAGAAUAACAGUGCCCCAUCAUGAGGCCACCCAGCCACUACACUGGUCGACCAUCGCUAUUGAAAAGGAAACGAACUUACUCUGAUGAUGAGGAUAUGCAAAAUGAUUCAACAGUAUUGGAACAGGCCCAGCACCAACCAUCAGCUCAGGCAUGUGUGCCAUCAGCUGAUGUUGGUGAACUCGAUCCUGCUGAUGUUCUGCUAAGUCCUGAUAGUGAGCCACAGAGUGAAUGGUACAGUGAAGGAACACCAAGUGAUGAAUUAACUGUGUCAGAUGCAGGAGAGUCGACAUCUGCUCAAGAAGCCACACCACAUUCAUCUGGAGAUGACCCACUCAAUGCACGUUUAGCUCCCAUGCCACGGUUGUCAUGGGCGGAUGCCCAGCAAGUGUGGGAGCUUAUGUGUCAAAAAGAUGAAGCUUGUUAUGGUGAACGAGAUGAGGAUGUGUUUUUGCGGCAUCCUGGGCUUACUCCACGUAUGCGGUCUAUCCUAUUAGACUGGCUCAUAGAGGUAUGUGAUGUUUACAAAUUGCAUCGACAGACAUAUCAUCUGUGUUUGGAUUACAUAGAUCGCUAUCUUUCAAGACAAAGCAAUAUUCCAAAACAGCAGCUACAGCUCAUAGGUAUUACAAGCCUUUUCAUUGCUUCGAAAGUUGAAGAGAUCUAUCCCCCUAAGAUAAGGGAAUUUGCUUAUGUCACUGAUGGAGCUUGUACUGAAGAAGAGAUAAUGGACAAAGAAUUAAUUAUAUUGAAGGCCUUAGACUGGAAUUUGUCGCCAGUAACUGCACACAGCUGGCUCACAAUGUACCUGCAGAUGUUGAGUAAUGUUCAGCAACAGGAGGAAGGAGCAGAAGACACUGGUGACACGUUUGUUUUCCCCCAGUUCUCUGGCCAAACAUUUAUGCUGGUUUGCCAGUUGCUGGAUCUGUGUAUGCUUGAUGAUGGGAGCAUGAGGUUUCCUUAUGCUGCCCUGGCAGCUGGUGCUAUUUACCAUGUAUGCAGCAAGGAAAUGGCUCUCUUUGUAACCGAAGGAUUGCAGUGGUUUGAUAUCACCAGUUGUGUGCUGUGGAUGAAGCCUUUUGCUGAAGUUUUGCGAGAAGGAAAUCCAAUUGAUGGUACAUCUCUUAGAGCUGUUGCUUCAUGGCAAAACAGUAACUGUGCUCUUAGCAGAACUGUGCCUAGAAUAGUUUCAGAUGAUGCACACAACAUUCAGAUGCACUCUAUAGACCUCAGGCUGCUGGAGCGUGCUCAGCAGAGGUUGCUUGCUCAACAGCAGACUGCAUUGUGUAUAGAAGAGAGUCCUGUUGCUGUUGCUCCUGGCCUGCUUACGCCACCGGCCAGCAGCAAGAAGUCUUCAAGCGCAAGUGCAGCCUACUCUUAGCUGGUUACUCUGCAACGUUAGAUGUUGACUUGAAGGACUCCUUUAUCAUUCAUCCCAUUAACGCAAUUCUGUUAACCCUGAAAAUCUUCUGCAACAGCUACAUGAAACGCUUCAUGAAUCUAGUCGUACUGUUUGAAGAGUACUGCCAAGGUAUUUCAUGGAACGCUGAAAAGCAUUUGAAAUAUGAUCAAUGUUUUGUUCUAAGCAUUUCUGUAAAUGUUUUAAGUUAAUAUUCAAUGAAUGUGUGUGUGUUGAGACUAUUCUGAUAAUGGACAAAGAAAGGGUGAAUCCACAGCUAAAUAACUUGUUGAUAUUUAUUCCUUUGUAUUGCUAUGGAUCUCCUUAUUGUCAUGUGAACCACAGUCGCUACUUUAAAAUGCAACAAAGGUUCAUUCCAAAAUUACUCAUUUACACCAACGUAUGAACAUGAUGAUACUGUACCUCGUAAUGUAGAUUAUUGAUAGUGGUGUAUAUAUACAUGUCUACAAAUGUGUUCGUGUAAAUAUUGGACAAAGUACAAGUGGCCUUACAAUAAUCAAGUGAGACUGGUAUGCAUCUGUCGUUAAGAUGUAACACAUAACGUGUAAGAAAGUGCAAGAUUGAAUGAGCAUUUAUUGCUAAUGGGGGAAUAAUUUUUCUAGCUUGUGUAGGUAAUAAAAUACAAUGCAAUUUUGUAACAGUUGUGCAUUUUCAUUAACAAUAAAUGACAUUAGUGUAAAAGCAUUAUUGUUCAUUUUGUCAGCAGCAUGUUAGUUAUGACUGCAUGGUUAUCAUUGCUGUACCCACACAUUAUCUCAUGUGCACUGCACAUAGGAGUGUGAAAACAUAAGUCACCAUAUUUACCCAAAUAUAAGAUGAGUUUUCCCUUAUUUCAUGUGAAAAACAAGGUCAUUUUCUGUUUACAGAUUAAGCCUAGUUGGUGGAUCUGUACUUGUAUAUUCCCUUUCCAUGUGUGGAUCUUGAACACUAAUGUAACAAUAAACUACAUAUGCACUAAAAAAAACUAUUCACCUGCACAUUCUUGGCAUCCUUAGUGGAUUCACUAGGUGAUUUUGAUUAUUUUUGAACAGGCUGAGAAAGUGAGAAUGGCAUUGUCAGUGAAAUGCUCCUUGAUAUAAAAAUCAAUGCCAAAAUGUUGCAAAUGAUGCGGCCACGUGGACUUGUAGUUCAAAACGCUGUGAAUGUAACUUAGUUUUGCUAGAGAUUGAAAUGAAAAAAUAAUUCAAUUGGGUUGAUUCAAUAUUCAACAGCAGAGGAUUUAAAAAUUCCCAAAUGUUGAAAACUUUACCGCUCUUUAACACACUUCCUGUGGAAGAGAGAUGUAUGUCUAUCUGAUUCUUGCGAACCUUAAAUGAUGUGAAUUUAAAGAGGAGGGUGGUUAAAAAAGUAGAGGUCACAAAUGGCAUCAGGAAGAAAAGCUGUUAAGACACAACCCAAGGGAAUGUUCUUAUGUGCUGGUAGAUGAAAGAUAAAGAGCAAAUUAAUAAAGCAAAUUUAGUUUCAAAACAUUCAAGAGGACCUAAAAAUGUCUGAGUAGGACCGAAAGGAAAUAAAACAAUGAUGCAUGUUUAAAAAAAUGAUAAUUGUAAGGAAAUACAAUAAUGAUACAUUACACUCAAAUAAUUAGACAAUUUUGUAGUCAAUAAAGUAAAUUGUGGUUUUAUUUUGAAUGAAUAGUUACAUUUAAUUAAAAACAAAAAAUAAUUCUCAAGGCUCUUCGAAAUUAGUAUUUGUGUCAUCUUGUAUUUGCGUAAAUACAGUAGGUCAGAAUUAGUUCAUUUUCUUAUGUAAUUUAAAAAAAAUAUGAAUUGCUGAAUUCUAUAUGAAUAUUUUUUGUGCAUGCCAAGAAAUCAAAAAAAAUAAAAAAAAAAUUAUGUUAUUCAAAUGAACUGCGUUUGUACACAAGUUUCAAAAGAGAGUACCUUAUGUAAAAUGGUAUAAUACUGCAGAAAUUUCCAAAUGUGCCUUUUGUUCUCAAGAAUUUUACAAUGUUUAAUUGAAUACAAUGUAUAUAAUAAAAAUUAAGUUAAUGUACAAAUACCUUAAACUGAAAUUAUGAUUUAGAAGGGAAACAACUUGCAUGUAAUAUGCUAAUAUUGUAGAAGGUAAUAAAAGCAGGUUGGCAAUAGUACACAAUUUUUUAACAUUAUUAUUAAAAUAUUGAUUUUAAUUUCACUGAAUAAGAAGAAUUAGUUGAAAAUGAAAAGAAUUCUCAGGAUCUCAUUAAAAUUGGGUGUUGUCUUGUAUUUGCCUAAAUAUGGAGGGUGAGAAUUAGUCUGAGAGUUUUUAUUAAUUAUUAAGUAUUACAAUAAUUCAAAAAAACUGAAAUACUAUAUUUUGUUGAGUGUUGCAAAACAUUUAUUGUGCAUGUCAACAAGAAUUAUUGUUACUUUAAAUAAAACAAAUCCGUGACACUACCAAUUUUUUUUUUUCUCAGCAAGCCUCAAGUGACAAAUGCAUAUCCUAUUUUGUUACAUCUAAAUGCUCUUAAUUUCCAUCCUCCAAAUUGAAGUAUUGUUCUACUGUAUAAUUAAAUAUACAGAAUAACAAACUGGAUACGAUAAUAUACGGGAUAACGAACAAAUGUAGAAGGUACAACAUGAUGCCAGCAAUAUUGCUGUAGGAUUUGCCAAAAAACCAUGCUGCUUCAAAACAAAUCUGUGUUCAAGUGGUCUCCCCCUGGGUUGGAUGCCUGUGUUCCAACCUUCUGUUCUGGCUACCUUAAACUGGAGACUAACAUGCAACUUUGGAAAGCAACAGUAUUUUCAUUUUGUUUUAUAUUGGCAAUUGAUGCCAACACUCCCACAUUAUGCUUUGAGUGACUUUCGCUAUUCUUUCCACAAUUCUGCAUUUAUUUGUCCUAUUUUUAUCAUUUCACUUACAGCAUUUCGCACUUCCAAUAGAAAAGUGACACGUGCGAAAUCGUCAUUUAUCAGCUAAAAGCUGAUAGGUUACAAAGAGGUACUGCUAUUAUUCUGAAUUAGUUCAAUUACUGUCUGCUAGAAGUUUAUUAUUUGGUACAAUCUAUAACAAGUAUUACAGAACUGCAAAAUUUAAAAUUGCAGUUUCUGAGGAAUCAGAAAUUUGGAAUUGUGUCACUUUUCUAUUGG